UGUUUUACUUCCUCCUUCUUUAGCAUGUUGUUAGCAAAGCUGCAAGCUAUGUGGAGCUGACCUUACUGGAGAAGAGGACAAAGAAAAUGUGGCGGUUUUCGCUUAGAUCACAUGCAGAAGUGAUUGAGUAAAUAUGACGAAGAUGUUGGCAUUUCAAACGCUUCGUGUCGUUUCCCUGGAAAUCCUUGGUUCGCCAUGUAACCUGUUGGCAAACAAUGUUUACUCCAUAACUAAGAGAUGCAGCCUCAGAAGCCUGCAAAGCCAAAUCUUAAGACCGCUCAGCUCCCACCAACAUAACCCAAAGGUCCCAAAAGUGCCAACAUGGGAGCCUGUACCAGAAGAGCAGCUUCCUCAGCCCACCAGGAUCCCUGCUGACCUGGUGGACAAGCUGGAGCGGCUGGCCUUGGUGGAUUUCCGGACCAAGCAGGGGCUGGAGUGCCUGGAGAAAGCCAUUCGUUUCGCUGAUCAGCUUCACGUUGUUGACACGUCUGGGGUCGAGCCGAUGGAUUCAGUCCUGGAGGACAGGGCUUUAUAUCUGAGGGACGACACAGUGACAGAGGGUGACUGCGCAGAGGAGCUGCUUAAGCUCGCAAGAAACACAGUGGAAGAAUAUUUUGUUGCACCACCAGGAAACAUUCCUCUGCCUAAAAGGGAGGAGAGGGCUGCCAUCCUCAGACACUCGGAAUUCUGAUGACAUGAUUGUGAAUAAUUUAUUGCUCUUUUUUUUUUUAUGGAAAAUUGUACGUGUCUUUACUGCAGUUUAUCUGCAGCCAUAAAACAAUAUGGGAGAAACUGGGAGAUGUGCAGCUGGUUUUAUUGGCUCAGCUUCUGCUAAAAUUCUAAUUUUCCUGUUGUUGACAAACAUGUUCGGGUUUCAGUAUCAUUUCACAUGAAGUUGAUGUCACAUAUUGACUACAGCUGUGAUGAUGCAAAGUAAAGACAGGACAGAUAUUACAUCGCACAGGGAAAUACAUGUUAUGUUUUCUUAUGCUGGUUGUCAUAUUUUACAUAACAUUUUCACUAAAAUCUGACCCAAGACUCUUCAAAUGUCUUAAGCUCUUCUAAAUAUGCCUGUAAAUAUUGAUUUUACAAUAAAGGAAUAAAAAUUUAAAAUCU